GCGGCGGAGCUGCUCGGGUCCUCGGCGCGCCGGGGCGCGGAUCUGCGCGGGGGACAGAGGAGCGCCGCUGAGGGGCCGCCGCCGCCUUGGAUCUAGCAGCCGCGCCCGGAGCUUGGGGUUCUUCAUGCCCGUCGAGGGUCGCCUUGGGAAUAUACCGCGGAGGGUCCGCCGAGCUGCCUGCCUGCCUUCCAAGCUCAUGCGGGGGGCCCCGUCGGGAGAAGAGCGGGCGGGAGGGGAGGACGGGGCAGAGACCGCGUCGCCCUGAGCCGUCGCCCGGGCCGGCUGCCUCUGCGAGGCUAAGCAGCCGGGGGGCUGAGCGGGGCGUCUGCGGGCGCCGCAUCGGAGUCGCCUCCCCUUCCCCAGAGGUCCCCCGAUCCUCGCCAGAGGCGCAGCCGGGCUGGCCCCAGAGCCGGGCUCCCCGAUGAACUGCCUGAAAGAAGCGCUGAGCCUGGAGCGCCUGGGAGCCGGGAGCAAGCUGUGCGCCUCCUCCCCCUCGUCGUCCUCCUCUGCCUCCUCCUCCUCCUCUUCCUCCUGCCACUACCACCACCACAGCCAGCCGCCGCCGGCCCUGCUCAUGGCUUCAGCCCUGACCCCCGGACAGCCCCGGUCGGCCCUGGACUCUGCCAAGCACCGGCUGGAGGUGCACACCAUCUCGGACACCUCCAGCCCCGAGGCCGCAGAGAAAGACAAGAGCCAGCCGAGCAAGACGGAGGACGCGGGGCCCGAGGAUCCGUCCAAGAAGAAGCGGCAGCGGCGGCAGCGGACGCACUUCACCAGCCAGCAGCUGCAGGAGCUGGAGGCCACCUUCCAACGGAACCGCUACCCGGACAUGUCGACCCGGGAGGAGAUCGCCGUCUGGACCAACCUCACCGAGGCCAGAGUCAGGGUUUGGUUCAAGAACCGGCGGGCCAAGUGGCGGAAGCGCGAGCGGAACCAGCAGGCCGAGCUGUGCAAGAACGGCUUCGGGCCGCAGUUCAACGGCCUGAUGCAGCCCUACGACGACAUGUACCCGGGCUACUCGUACAACAACUGGGCGGCCAAGGGCCUCACCUCGGCGUCGCUGUCCACCAAGAGCUUCCCCUUCCUCAACCCGCUGUCCUCGCAGAGCAUGUUCUCGCCGCCCAACUCCAUCUCCUCCAUGAGCAUGUCUUCCAGCAUGGUGCCCUCGGCCGUCACCGGCGUGCCGGGCUCCAGCCUCAACGGCCUCAACAACCUGAACAACCUGAGCAACCCCUCCCUCAACUCGGCCGUGCCCACGCCCGCCUGCCCCUACGCCCCGCCGACCCCUCCUUACGUUUACCGGGACACGUGUAACUCCAGCCUGGCCAGCCUGAGACUCAAAGCCAAGCAGCACUCCAGCUUCGGCUACGCCAGCGUCCAGAAUCCGGCCUCCAACCUGAGCGCCUGCCAGUACGCCAUGGACAGGCCGGUGUGAAGCAGCCCGCCGGCCGGCCGGCCUCCGCUCUCCUUCGCGGGCAGGGCAGCCGCGAGGCCUCCCCCCUCCCCGCCGCUCCGUGUCCAUGAGCAUGUCGGAGCCCCCCCCCCUGCCUCCAGCCGAGGCCUGGACGUUGGAACCGAAAGGCGACGCGCACCGCUGGGAAAAGCCCCCAACUCUCGCCCACCCACCCGUGAGCCUUUCCCUCUCCGCCGAAACCAGGGAGGGGAGGGGAGGGCGGAGGGGAGGGGGGAGCGCCGAAGUGGCCCACCUCCUUUGUUUCCCCGAGGGCUCUUCUCCGGCUCGCUUCGCGGAAAAGAAAAGAAAGUGUUUCCAACUGCUCCGAGGACAUAUAUUAUAAAUAUAUAUAAAACACGGACAAGCGUUUGACUGGAUAUGAUACGACAUUUUAAUGUUCCUAUAAGCUUGUUAUUUUUUAUGUUUAGCAUUGUUAACAUUAAAAGGAAAAAAAUGACGGGAAAGGAUGUAUAUAUCUAUCGAAAUGUCAAAUUAAUUUUAUAAAAGCAGUUGUUAGUAAUAUCUCCACAGUGUUUUUAAAAAAAGGGGUUAGGCUUUAAAAUAAAGCAUGUUACACAAGAGAUUAGGGAUUUCUUUUGUUUUUUUCCGCUUGCGAGCAAGGGAAUGUAUAUACUAAAUGCGACACUGUAUGUUUCUAACAUAUUAUUAUUAUUAAUUAUUAUUAUUAUUAAAGAAAGACCCAUUGUGUGAAUAUCGGUUUUAGAAUAGUACCUCUGGUGGAUGCAAUGUUGAAUCUGAAGCUACAAAUGUAAAGCAUACCCUGUGUAUAACAUUACUGUUUUCCUUUUCAGCCGACAUUGGAAAAAAAUGUGUUUUCUUUCAUGGGAGUAAACUAUACCGCAUACA